CGCGCUGCCCUGGGCUCCAACCCCUGGGAGGGAGGCCGGGAGGAAGAAAGGGAGAGGCGUCCUUUGGACCGGAGUAGCCCUCGAAACACCAGAUUCUGGGGGAUUUGCUUCAGGCUUUAUAGGGAGCAGGGCUGAGAGUGAGGCUGCUUCAGAACUCGAGUCGGUGACGCCUCCAAUUCAUUCAUGUUAAGACAUCGAACCGAAUCAUUGAAGUAAACUAUACUGAUUUUUCCUCCUCGUCUUUUUAAUCGUGGAAAUUGUUUGGGUAAAAGUUCUUAGUGUUAGAGCUUGGUUAAGGUAUGGUUCUCUUCUGCUUUGUAGAUGUUAAAUAAACUUGGAGCCUUUUCUUGAAAGACAGCUGGCUGUGGAGAGCCUUCUACCAACUGCAGUUUUAGAUAUCUUUUGGAAAUUUCAUCACCUGAGACCUAGAAUAUCAAGACAUAAUGGGAGCAUUUUUAGACAAGCCAAAGAUGGAAAAACAUAAUGCCCAGGGGCAGGGUAAUGGGCUGCGAUAUGGACUAAGCAGCAUGCAAGGCUGGCGUGUUGAAAUGGAGGAUGCACAUACAGCUGUGAUCGGUUUGCCAAGUGGACUUGAAACCUGGUCAUUCUUUGCUGUGUAUGAUGGGCAUGCUGGUUCUCAGGUUGCCAAAUACUGCUGUGAGCAUUUGUUAGAUCACAUCACCAAUAACCAAGAUUUUAAAGGGUCUGCAGGAGCACCUUCUGUGGAAAAUGUAAAGAAUGGAAUCAGAACAGGUUUUCUGGAGAUUGAUGAACACAUGAGAGUUAUGUCAGAGAAGAAACAUGGUGCAGAUAGAAGUGGGUCAACAGCCGUGGGUGUCUUAAUUUCUCCCCACCAUACUUAUUUCAUUAACUGUGGAGACUCAAGAGGUUUACUUUGUAGGAACAGGAAAGUUCACUUCUUCACACAAGAUCACAAACCAAGUAAUCCGCUGGAAAAAGAACGCAUUCAGAAUGCAGGGGGUUCUGUGAUGAUUCAGCGUGUGAAUGGCUCUCUGGCUGUAUCAAGAGCCCUUGGUGACUUUGAUUACAAAUGUGUCCAUGGAAAAGGUCCUACAGAGCAGCUUGUCUCACCAGAGCCUGAAGUCUAUGAUAUUGAAAGAUCUGAAGAAGAUGACCAGUUCAUUAUCCUUGCAUGUGAUGGUAUCUGGGAUGUUAUGGGAAAUGAAGAGCUCUGUGAUUUUGUAAGAUCCAGGCUUGAAGUCACUGAUGACCUUGAGAAAGUUUGCAAUGAAGUAGUCGACACCUGUUUGUAUAAGGGAAGUCGAGACAACAUGAGUGUGAUAUUGAUCUGUUUUCCAAAUGCACCCAAAGUAUCACCAGAAGCAGUGAAGAAGGAGGCAGAGUUGGACAAGUACCUGGAAUGCAGAGUAGAAGAAAUCAUAAAGAAGCAGGGGGAAGGCGUCCCUGACUUAGUCCAUGUGAUGCGCACAUUAGCGAGUGAGAACAUCCCCAGCCUCCCACCAGGGGGUGAACUGGCAAGCAAGCGGAAUGUAAUUGAAGCCGUUUACAAUAGACUGAAUCCUUACAAAAAUGAUGACACUAGCUGUUCACUGCACCCACUCUCUUACACACACCCCUGAUUGAUUGCCCUGAUAUCUGCCUGUACCACAGUCCUAGUGAUUGAGGACAUAACCAUGGUGAGUGUCCACCUCUCUCAGAAAAGAAGAAAGUCCUUUUGAAUUAUUCUGGAUUUUAUAAGCCUCUACAAGCAAUCAACUUCAGGACUCUGCAUCAACUGAUGAUAUGUGGUAAAACUGCUCAUCUAGCCAUGGAGUUUACCUUCACCUCCAAAGGAGAGUACAGCUCAACUUUGUUGAAUCUUUUUAACGUCCAUCCUCAACUUUAAAGAAGGGGAUAUGACAUGGGUGAGAGUGAUUACACCAGAGACCUUCAGCAGAACAACAGCUAGCCCAGAACAGAUUUUUUUUCUUGUUGUUGUAAAUUUGAGACUUAUGUAAACGUGAUUUCAAACCAUAAUUCAUGUUGUAAAUCAGACUCCAGCAAUUUUUGUUGUAUGAUUUUGUUUUUUGUAAAGUGUAAUUGUCCUUGUACAAAAUGCUCAUAUUUAAUUAUGAACUGCUUUAAAUCACUAUGAAAGUUACAAGAAAUGUUUGGCUUGUUGUGUGAUGCAACAGACGUACAGCCCUUUCAAGUCAUGUUGUGUUUUGAGGUUGGAACAGGGAGAGCAGCAGCCACAUCAGCUAGAUGGCCAAACGUGCAUGCAAUUAUGGAGAAUAAUUUCAAAAUCUUACAAAGCUGAACAUCCAGGGAGUUUUUGAAAACUAUUUUAAUGUUCUUGAAGGUGGGAUUGGCAUUGUUGUUAAAGCCAGUCCCUUCAUUUAACUGUCUUCAGGAUGUUCUCUCCUUGUUUGCCGUGAGUAUUGAAGGUAAUACAGUAUAUUCUUAAGAAUAUCAAUCUUGGGGCUAGAAUGCCUUGAUUCUUUGCACCUCUUUUACAAGUCCUUACAUUGAAUUACUAAUGGAUAAGCAGCAGCUUCCUACAUCUGGUGGGAGACUGCCACGUUUUUGCUAUCAUGAUUGGCUGACCCUGCUGCUGUUCCUAGUAAGAUAUUCUGAAUUCCAUUUUAUCAAUAAAGCUUGAUUUAACAAACAAGACAUUUAAUCAUGUAUGUGUAAUUCCUCUUUUAUCCCGGCCUUUUAAAACACCAUGCCAUUGUAAAUAAGAAGUUCUCAUGGGGAAAGAUGUUAGUCUUUAUUAAACGGACAAUAAUGUUACUAAUGGCAUAGAUAGAACUGUUUACCUUCCUAGAAAAAAACUAUAAGAUUUAAGUCUCUGUUGUUUUUUCUGAGUGUUAUUUUUCAUGAAGGUGUGCAUCAGCUUGAAUUUGCCUACUGUUUUAUUAAAAUAAUUGUCAAAGCUUGACAAUCUAACACUCUAUGGUAGGUUAUGUGUGUUUGUGAGUGUGUGUUUGCCUGUGACUUUUAAUUGGCCCAUGUCUUUAGAAUACAGCGGUUAAGAUAUAUUUGUGAUUUGAAAUAUAGCAUGUUGAUAAUAUUUAGCUGUUGGCCUUUAAAAAUAACUUUCAAAGCUUAAGGAAUUGUAGAUAUAAAAAUAACAAUUUAAUUUAGGCUUAAAUUCCUCAGAUUAAGCAUGUGAAAGUAAGUUUUUAAAUCUGUCACAUUGAAAAGACUACUGUUCUGUGCCCUUCUGUAUUUUUGUCUCUUUAGGUUGAAUAUUGUAUUUAUCACUAUGUAAUUUAAUCGUUCAGUAGGCAGAUUUCCCACCAGAAAACUAUUACAUUGUAAGAUCAAAAUACGAUAUUGAAAACAAAAGUAAAACUUUGUGUAUAAAAGGUAGUAAAAUCCAUUUUGUUAUAUUUGUUUUUUUCCCUAACUUGGAAAUAUACACAUUUGUAUAUAUAGCCUUAAAACUAAUGUAAAGUUUAGGGAGUAGUGGGAAAAAUAAUGUGAAAUGUCUCAGUUUUAAGUAGUUACAAACCAGCAAGAUCUUUUUAUUAUCCCUUUUAUUUGUGAGGUGGUUAAAUGUAACUUAAUUGUAUUUAAUUUAUAUUUUAAUCCAGCAUGACUGAAAAAAUAUUGAAGUACUAUUUAUAUUUAGAAAUUCGUAACAGUUGGAAUUAAAGAACUAAUUCCGUACUUACAAAUAAAUGCUUAGUGACUAAAUCUGUGGGAGAGUGCAAAGUAUGAUAAUGUUCUAAGUUAGGGCUUUGCAGGCAUCUAAAUGUGCAUUUAAUGAGUAACAGUGCUUCUAGUAUAGAUAGUACUGAAAAUUAAAUUUCCUAUUACAACAAAACAGUUUCUUUGUUUUUUAAGUAGACUUAAGUUUUUAGUUCUGGAAAUUUCAAAACCUUGAACGGGGCUGUGGAAUCUUUUGAGAUGCAGAAUCUUAAAUCACAAGAUAAUGUGAUGGAAAGCUAUGUUUCAAACUAUAACAUAUUUAGAGCCCUUUUUUAAUUUGGAAAUCUUUAGUAAAUAAGAAAAAGGAGAUUAAAAUAUUCCUCUCUUUAAAAUUACCAGUACUGAAAUUAGGCUUGGAAGUGAGAGAAAAUUAAAAUGUGAUCUAAGAAGACUGAAUCUUUUCCACGAGUCAGCACUGCCAUACUAGAUAGGAUUCAUUAUAAUAGAUACAGGAAGUAUACAUUCUGACGGCAGACUAUGUGUGUUCCUGAUCCUGGAGGUAGUGGUGGUGGUGGGGAACUACCCCCACUUUUAAAAGGCACUUUCGUACCUCUGUUGUGCACUUCGUUUUUGUACCACUUAAAUUCUUGACCCCACUCUGUCCUUUUUGUGCUAAUUAGCAUCUCAGGGCAAUGCCUCAAAAUUUUUGAUGUGUUCUAUGUUAUUUUCUUUGGAAGGAAAAAGUUAAUGUGUGAUGAUAAUAUAGUAUUCAAAAAUACUUUGAUUUAAAUAUUUUAAUAGGAUGACUCUAAUUUGCUGCUUUUAAAAGGAAAUUUAGUUUUUAAUAGCAGAUUCAUGUUCACUCAUCUAUCUCUUAUUGUUUUAGCAAAAUAAGAUGUCUUAAUACCCACUCUCUUGGGGAAUAUACUCUUACAAACAACAGAAGCAGUUCUCAACAUAUUAACUUUUAAAAAUCAAAGUGGUAUUUUUUUCUAUACUGCAUUAAACCGGUUUCAAACAUAUUUUGAGCUAUAGUACAUUAGCUUGGUUCUAGAGUACUGUGCAGUCAGUACUGCACCAGCCACUUAUUUUUUUUCUAACUUCAUAACAUAAACAAAUUUGAAUUAAAGAAUAAAUCAGUUAUAUAAUUAA